AUGGUUGCUUUCUGGGUUUUCUACAAACCGACAGAGAUCCCGGAGUCUCCCACUCUCACUCCAGAUGAUGUCACCGUCAUUAUCCCAACUGUGGACCCUAAUAACAAGGACUUUGAAGAAUGCCUUAGAACGUGUCUCGCAAACAGCCCACGAGAGCUCAUUAUCGUUGUGGGACGUCGACAAUUACUUGACGAGGCAGAAAAUGCAGUGGCCAAAUUCCGCACGGAUGGCUGUAAGUCUACCAUAUCGGUGACUUUCACCGAAUCGCCCAACAAGCGCCAUCAAGUGAUACGUGCAGUUGAGCUUGUCAAAACACCCAUUCUUGUUUUGUUGGACGACCAUGUCUUCUGGCCCUCGCCCAACUUUCUUCGCUCUGUCUUAGCACCUCUUGAAGACCCCAAAGUGGGCGGCGUGGGAACAAACAAACGAGUGCGACGAACUGAGACGGGCUUUACCACAAAGUCUUUUUGGAACAUGAUCGGCGCCCUGUACCUUGAGCGAAACAAUUUCAAUGCUGGGGCCACCAAUGCCGUCGACGGCGGUAUGUCGUGCAUCUCUGGCCGAACUUCAGUACAUCGUACCCAAGUUCUCCAGCAGAAAGAAUUCAUGGAGGGGUUUAAAAACGAACGGUUCUUUUUCGGUAUUUUCGGGCCCCUCAACGCUGACGAUGACAAGUACAUCACCAGAUAUUAUGUGCGCAAAGGCUACACGGUCAAAUUCCAGAUUUGCGAAGACGCGCUGAUUGAAACUACGCUUGGCGAGUACCCCAAGUAUCUUUCACAGUGCCUCCGAUGGGCUCGGACAACGUGGCGCAGCAACUCUGCCAGCCUCUUUACUGAUCGAUCGGUGUGGAAAGCGCAGCCAUGGUGCGUGUAUGCCGUUCAUUUGACUAGCUUCGUGAACUUUUCGCUGUUCUACGACGCUGCGCUCCUAUACAGCUAUUCCCACUCCAGCUACUGCCACACCUUGGGUGGAAGUCUCAAGUACCUUGUUCUUUGGAUUCUGGCUGGCAAGACGGCCAAAUCAAUCCCCCAUUUCGUCAAAGAGCCGCGGGACUUGAUUUUUUUGCCUGGGUACUAUGCAUUUACGUACUUUCAUAGCUUGAUCAAGCUGUACGCGCUGUUCACAUUUCCGGACACCAACUGGAGUGGGCGCCAGCUUUGA